CCGCCUAGCCGUUAACAAGAUUUAGUUCCAGACAGUUUGAACCCGUUCGUUUCAGGUUUCAGCCUGCUAGCAAUGGCUUAAUUUUUAUUUUUUUUCUAUAGCCAUAUCAAACAGUUAAGUUUUUCUUUUCCAUUGAUCAUCUCUCUCUCUAAAUAAUGCGUUCCAAGGACAGAAUCUCCUACUUCUAUGAUGGGGAUGUGGGUAAUGUUUACUUUGGGCCAAAUCAUCCAAUGAAACCACACCGGCUUUGUAUGACUCAUCAUCUUGUUCUCUCCUAUGACCUACACAAGAAGAUGGAGAUUUAUCGGCCUCAUAAGGCGUAUCCUGUUGAGCUUGCUCAGUUCCAUUCAACUGAUUAUGUUGAAUUCUUACACCGGAUUGUACCAGAUACUCAACAUUUGUUUGCGAAUGAAUUGGCUAGAUAUAAUCUUGGAGAAGAUUGCCCUGUCUUUCAAAACUUGUUCGAAUUUUGUCAAAUUUAUGCUGGUGGAACAAUAGAUGCUGCACGGAGAUUAAACAAUCAACUAUGUGACAUCGCUAUAAAUUGGGCAGGUGGAUUACACCAUGCUAAAAAGUGUGGAGCAUCAGGAUUUUGUUAUAUCAAUGACUUAGUUUUGGGUAUUUUAGAGCUUUUGAAGUAUCAUGCACGUGUUUUGUACAUUGAUAUAGACGUGCAUCAUGGUGAUGGUGUCGAAGAAGCCUUUUAUUUUACUGACAGGGUGAUGACAGUGAGUUUUCACAAGUAUGGGGACAUGUUCUUUCCUGGAACCGGAGAUGUUAAGGACAUAGGAGAAAGAGAAGGAAAGUUUUACGCAAUAAAUGUCCCCCUAAAGGAUGGAAUAGAUGACACUAGCUUCACCCGACUUUUCAAAACAAUUAUAUCCAAGGUUGUAGAAACGUAUCAACCAGGUGUGAUAGUUCUUCAAUGUGGUGCGGAUUCGUUAGCUAGGGAUCGCUUGGGCUGCUUUAACCUCUCCAUUGAUGGGCAUGCUGAAUGUGUUAGGUUUGUAAAGAAAUUCAAUUUGCCUUUACUGGUUACUGGAGGUGGAGGAUAUACAAAAGAGAAUGUUGCUCGAUGUUGGACUGUCGAAACAGGAGUUCUUUUGGAUACAGAGCUACCCAAUGAGAUCCCAGACAAUGACUAUAUCGAAUAUUUUGCCCCUGAAUAUUCAUUGAAGAUUCCUGGUGGACAAAUACAGGAGAAUUUCAAUAGCAAAUCUUACCUUAGCACAAUAAAAAUGCAAGUGCUGGAAAAUCUUCGGUGCAUCCAACAUGCUCCUAGUGUACAGUUGCAAGAGGUUCCACCUGACUUCUAUGUACCUGAUUUUGAUGAAGAUGAGCAAAACCCUGAUGAACGAGUGAAUCAGCAUACUCAAGAUAAGCAUAUCCAGCGGGAUGAUGAAUAUUAUGAAGGGGACAAUGACCAUGAUCAUAACAUGGAUGUUUGAUGAAGUGAAUCCUAAUUUUUCUUCUUCAGCAGGCGAAUGCAAAGUGUAAAAAGAUACCAAAUUAUUGCCACAAUAGAUGUAUUUGUCCCUAGGGUUCUAGAUUAUAUCGUCAAUUGAUUUUGUCUGCAAUUUACCAUAGGAUGUAUUAUUCCUGCAGAUCUGUAAAAACCCAUUAUUUCUAUGUGGUAAAAGAAAAAAAGAAAAAAUUUGUGCCUCUUA